AUGCUCCCUCCUGGUGUCACUACAAAGAUCUUACCUGUAGAUCAUACACAAGCGAACAGAUGUCAUCCAACAGAACCUGUUGCACAGCUCACUGGAUGUCCGGUAAUAUGGAGACCGUGGACUCCUCCUAUAUCAGACACUAAAAAGAAAGCUACUGGAUCCAGGCAAGUGUCUGACAUGCAAGGAUUUAACCACCCAGUGAGACUGUUCAUGCCCAGAUCCAAGAUCCAGGAUUACCUGUCUCAUCUGGGGAGGAAAGUUCUUGCCAGCUUUCCAGUUCAAGCCACUCUACACUUCUAUAACGAUGACUCCAGCUCAGAAGAGGAGGACGACGAUGUCAGACAUGAGUUCAGGGUUCCAGUAAAAAGGACCAUAUAAAGGAAGGAUACUUAAUACAUGGACUAUAGAUGCGGAUAUUUGCUGUGUUAUGAUGUGAGUUUGUGGACAUUAGUGGUCGUUUUGUCAUCCUUAUUACCAGCCAGAAACAGUUGUUACUUUUGACCUUUGGGGAGCUGGACUCCCACAUAAGUCUUUAUAUAUAUGUUUUUCCUCAUAAGAAUAAUUCUAGACUAAAAUGCAUUUUCAUGGAAGAGACAUGCUCGACAGUGGAACAAGGAUUAUUUGUCAUGUGGACAUAGAAACAGCUCACAGAAAUGUUACAGUUAACACAGCUGGGUUGUACUGAAUUGUAUAGCUGCACUGGAUUUGGUGUUAAACAUCCAACGCUCUCCUUUCCUGUUGAGGAAAAGCUGCUGUUUUGGAAACAGACUCAUGAAAGGACAGGCGAUCACGGUAACCGGACUCAGAAAGCAGGAUACAUGGUGCAUGGACACAGCGCAACUGAGUUACGGAACCAUGCUGCACUGGUACUGUUUACUCCAAUAAAGCAUAAACACACCUUUAACCUGAAAGUGUCUCAAACCCACCUCAUCACAUUCUACUUCCUCAGGAGUGCAGAUGAGACUUAGUGCUGGUUUAAAUGCAAGCAUGUGGAAUACUGCAUAGUGCA